AUGUACAGUGCUGGAAAUAUGAUUAAGGAUAACAAGGAAACUAUUCCGCUUAUGGGCAAGAAACCAAAUCCACCUGGUACACCUCCUACAAAUCACCAGGACAAAAAGGCAACUGAAAGCACUCUCCCAAAGAAAAGCAGCUCACACUUUUUCCUCGAGCUCGAUGGCUUUGACAGCAAUUCUUCUCCAAGUCACGCAUCUCCUCCUGUGUUUUCAAAACCCAUGGAUUCAAAUAUCCGCCCUUGUGCAUCUGGAAAUGGGGAAGAUAUAGAUUCCCCACAAUCUCUUCAGGAUGAUAUUACAAACACAGACAGCUGUUGUACUAACCUGCCGCAUGGAGCUCAACAGAACAAUGUCCGGAAAAAGCUGAAGAAGUAUUUGUUCAGGGCAGUAUCUGAGGGGAAUAUAGAAGAAUUAUGUCAUCUCCUCAUAGAAAUAAAGGAAAGAUCAAACGCAUGUAGAAACAUGACUGUGCCAGAAUAUCUGAUGAAAAAAUUAACUGCUUCUGAUACUGGGAAAACCUGCCUGAUGAAGGCCUUGUUGAACAUCAACCGGAACACAAAUGAAAUUGUGAAUAUACUGCUCUGCUUUGCAGAAGAAAAUAGUAUUUUGGAAAUAUUUAUUAAUGCUGCAUACACAGACGAAGCCUACAAAGGCCAGGCUGCUCUAAAUAUUGCCAUUGAAAGAAGACAAUAUGAUAUUGCCAAGACCCUCAUAGAAAAAGGAGCAGAUGUCAAUGCCCAUGCAGAGGGUGUGUUCUUUAAUCCCAAAUACAAGCAUGAAGGCUUUUACUUUGGUGAAACUCCACUGGCAUUAGCUGCAUGCACCAAUCAGCCAGAUAUUGUUCAACUGCUAAUGGCCAAUAGCAGGACUGAUAUUACCUCACAAGAUUCCCGAGGAAACAAUAUAUUGCACGCAUUAGUUACAGUGGCAGAGGACUUUAAAACCCAAAAUGACUUUGUAAUCAGAAUGUAUGAUAUGAUUUUACUGAAAAGUAAAGCUAGAAUGUUGGAGACCAUGAAGAAUAAAGACGGUUUGACACCACUACAAUUAGCUGCAAAAACUGGGAAAGUGGAGAUUCUGAAAUACAUUCUUAGUAGAGAAAUAAAAGACAAGCCAAACAGAAGCCUUUCCAGAAAAUUCACGGAUUGGGCUUAUGGACCUGUUCAAUCUUCUCUUUAUGACCUGACAGAACUAGAUACCACCGUGAACAACUCAUUACUGGAGAUUAUUGUUUAUAACACAAAUAUUGGUAACCGCCAUGACAUGUUGACUUUGGAGCCCCUGAAUUCACUACUGCGAAUGAAAUGGAAAAAGUUUGCAAGACACAUGUUCUUUAUUUCAUGUUGCUUUUAUUUCAUAUACAACGUAACAUUAACACUUGUCUCCUACCACAAGCCCCAUGGAGAGGAGGAUCCACCUUAUCCAUUAAUUCUGACUGGUAACAUGGGAUGGCUACAUCUGAUGGGACAACUGUUUGUUAUGCUAGGGGCAUUAGGUUUAACUGUAAGAGAGAGCGUAGCAAUCUUUCUGCUGAGACCCUCAGACCUUCAAUCAAUUCUAUCAGAUGCCUGGUUCCACUUUGCAUUUUUUAUACAAGCCGUGCUUGUGAUCUUCUCUGUCUUCCUCUACUACUUUUCCUACAAAGAAUACCUUGUGUGCCUUGUUUUGGCUAUGGCAUUAGGAUGGGCCAACAUGCUGUAUUUUACCAGGGGGUUGCAAUCCAUGGGGAUAUAUAGUGUCAUGAUCCAAAAGGUCAUCCUACAUGAUGUGAUAAAGUUUUUAGUUGCAUAUAUCAUAUUUUUGCUGGGAUUUGGUGUAGCUCUUGCUGCAUUGAUUGAUCCUUGCCCCAAUAACACCGAAUGCCAUUCCUACAGCAGUCUGGGCAAAGUUCUCAUGGAGCUUUUUAAGCUCACCAUAGGACUUGGAGAUCUGGAGAUCCAGCAGAAUUCAAAAUAUCCUCUGCUCUUCCUUCUUAUUCUCAUAACUUAUGUAAUACUGACUUUUAUUCUCCUUCUGAAUAUGCUGAUCGCAUUAAUGGGAGAAACUGUGGAAAAUAUUUCUAAAGAGAGUGAGCACAUUUGGAAACUCCAGAGAGCCAGGACCAUUUUGGAAUUUGAAAAAAUUCUACCAAAAUACCUGAGGAAAAAGUUCGAGCUGGGAGAGCUGUGUAAAGUAGCAGAAAAUGACACUAGAUUAUGCUUAAGGAUUAAUGAAGUGAAAUGGACCGAAUGGAAAACGCAUGUUUCAUUUAUUAAUGAAGAUCCAGGGGCAACAGAUUACAACAGAAUUCAAGAUAAUUCAAGAAGUAAUAGCAAAAACACCCUGAACACAUUUGAUGAAAUGGACGAUUUGCGAGAAACCACUGUUUAGUUGCGCAGUACUUCAUCUUUAGACCCUUAAAAAAAGGACCCGCAAAGAUACUGGAAUCCUAAUGU